GCGAUGCAUUUAGGUGAAACAGUCGUAAGUAGGAUUAUGAACUCGCAAGAUCAAUCAUUGAGUCAGCAAGCUGCUUGGAUGGCAGCUGCCCAGGCAGUCCAGCAGCAGCAGCAGCAGUCCGCUGCUGGUGGGGGAUACCCGGGACCGUACGGGAUGAAUCAGCAACAGCAACAGCAGCAGCAGCAAUAUGCGCAAUUUUAUGCAUUGUACCAGCAGCUGCAGUACAACAAUUCCGGCAGUGGCCCCAUGCAGGGCGGUAUGGGAUCGGCAGGUUUUGGUGCAGCAAACAGUAACAAAGGCGCUAGCAAUGUCGGUGGCAACAUGAACAAUUCUUCAUCCGGUUUUGGUUCUGGCCCAAUGUCCGAUAACAGUAACGGCGGUGGUAUGGGAAUGACGGGCAACAACUUUUUCAGCUCUCCUCAGCAACAAAAUCAGCAGCAGCAGCAACAACAGUCUGGUAACGAUUCGAUGGGUUUUAACAAGCAGGCACCGAGUCAAUUUGGGCCGAUUCGUUUUAAUAUAAAUAAGCACCCGCAGCGGGUCAGCCCAAUCGUUGCCAGCAAUCCACUCGCCCAGGCCAGCCAAAUACACGCCCAACAGCAACAGCAGCACAUCCAGCAGCAGCAACAUCAGCAGAUGAUGGCUGCCUUCCAGAGCGGAGGGGCGGGAGGUAAGAAGAAGCGCAAGAAGAACAAAAACAACGGCAUGAACAACAGUGCUAUCCAACACGGCAAUCCUAAUAGUGGUAACAUUUUCAUGAACGGUGGUGGCAUGGUCGGUUCAACGGCGACCAACAUUCCACCACUAAUGCCAGCCGGUUCACUUCCGGUUUCACCCGGCAAUGCAGCGACCAACUUUCCAACGCCUCCGCCUGAUCUAAGCAAACCACCUCCACCGCUUCCCUCAGCUCCGUCACAGAUUCCCGGUGGCAUUAGCAUGUUGCCGCAACCGCAAGCUCCAACACCACCGGUCGUAAGUGCCGCUAAAAAGCCCGAUCCGUUCCACAAUCCAACCGAUGAUUGGCCGCAAAGUUUGAACAAUUUCGUUGCACGAUGCUACGCGAAGUGUAAAACGGAUUUCGACAAGGAUCAGAUCGAUAUUUGCCUGAAGGGACGCAUUACGGCUGCCGCUAACAAGGGUGAAUUGUGGACGAAAGACUGGGACAACGAACCGGUCCCGAGUGUGCACAGCGAGCGCAACCAGCAGGUACUGUUACCGCCUAACAUUAAUGGCGGUGGUGUGUUGGGAAUGUCCUCCAAUAAGGCAGGCAAGGGAAUGGGCAGUAUCACCCCGUACCAGAGUCCGCUCGGGAAUGUUAAGGGCGGUCAGCAGUUACCCUUCGGUGGGAAGAAACAAUCUCCAAACGCUGGCAUUUCGCCUUCGAUCGGUACACGGAUGGGCAUGAAAUCGGGCAAUUCUUCUUCCGCUGGGAGAAAGAUGCGCCCGUCACGUUCGCGGUCCCGCUCACCCAGCCGGUACAGCAGCAGUGGCAGCCGUAACCGUCGUAGUCGAUCGUCUAGCGAUGAUUCGCGGUCACCACGCCGCAAGAACCGACUAAGAUCUUCGAGCAGCAGUGAUAACGAUAGUCGUGGUCCUUACUCGAACAAACCGAUUGGUGGCAAGGGUAACAACAACAAGCAGCAACAGAAGCACAAAAAUCAAAAAAAUCAGCUAAACAAGCAAAAUCAACGUAAAUCGCACGGUGGAUUCUACUCCGAACACGGCCAGAUCGGUGGUGCAGUGGAGGGUGAUUUGGAGCAGCUGAAAAAGCGUGCGGCACGGUUUAACAGCCAGGGUGGCAAGAAAGUUCCGCCCGUUGUUGCAUCGAACAUUGUGUCACCGUUCGGUAAGAAGGAUCGUCGGCAGACAAUGCCAACGACUUCCCGUAUUUUUAUCGACGAUCCAACGGGCGAUCGGUACAAUAACGAGGAGGAUGAGGUAGAUCUGUUCGAUCUACACAUUGUCGGUACGUGUCGCGAUUUGGAAAAGAGCUUUUUGCGCUUAACGAAAGCUCCGGCCCCGUCCGAGGUGCGGCCGGUGGAGGUGUUGCGCCAUUCGCUGCAGAACGUCAAGAAGAGAUGGGUCGAAAAGCAGGACUAUUUCUAUGCCUGUGAUCAGUUAAAAUCCAUCAGGCAGGAUUUAACGGUACAAGGUAUUCGGGAUGCAUUCACUGUGCAGGUAUACGAAACACAUGCCCGUAUUGCGAUGGAGAAGGGUGACCACGAAGAGUUUAACCAGUGCCAGACGCAACUCAAAAUGCUGUACACCGAUGUGGGCGGUGAGAAUGCGCUCGAGUUUACCGCGUACCGGAUCCUGUACUAUAUCUUCACCAAAAACACACUAGAUUUGACCACCAUUCUCAAGUCUUUGACGGCAGUGGAUAAGGAAAGUGAUAUUGUAGGGUUUGCGCUCCGGCUUCGAUCAGCUUGGGCGUUGAGCAAUUAUAGCACUUUCUUCAAGCUUUAUCGCGAAGCGCCCUUGAUGGCAGGUUAUUUGAUCGAUUGGUUCAUCGAGCGCGAACGCAAACUAGCACUCAAAUCCAUUAUCAAAGCUUAUCGUCCCAAUAUACCGGUGGAAAUGGUCAGCCAAACGCUGGCAUUCGACAGCGAGGAGAAGUGUGGCGAGUGGUUAGAGUCAUUAGAAAUUAUCAUGACCACCGUACCAGUGCCCGCGGCCAAACCGACCACCGUGGACGGAACGAGCGUGGAAUCGAGUGUUGCUGCUACUGCUGCCGAUGUUGCUGUUGUUGAUGCGGAAUGGAAAAGUGUAACAAGUGCGAUGAGAAAAGUGAUCGACUGCAAGCUAUGCAUGAAUGUGCUGGCCAAUUUCUAA